AUGUCUCAUGUUGCACAUGAUGCAUGUGGUGUAGAUGUUUUCCUUUGUUUUAAUCCUCAAUCUCAUCCAUGUUCAGCCGUAGCAACCAUAAUUAAACAUCGAUGUUCAAAACGAGAAAUUAUUUAUCAAACAUCGGAGAAUAUUGAUUUUACAAAAAAUUGGUAUGAAUUCAUACCAGUUCAAAUUCUUCGUUCAAAGAUAUUUGUUCCAAUCAUUGAUGAUCAAUGGUAUUCAUCAUUUUGGUGUUCAUGGAUGCUUUUAUUUGCUAGUGAACAUGAAGAUCGUUCUCGUCUUCCAUUAAUUAUGCCUGUUAUUUUACCAUCACAUAAUGAGCAAUUAUCGAAAAGACUUAUUGAAAAAUUAACAAAAAACUACAAAGGAACUGUCUUGCUUAGUGACCAUGAACCAAUUAAACAAUCACUUGAAUUAUUUUUUAAAUCAAUAGAAUUAACAAUUCAUACACCAGAAUGGUUAUUACAAGGACAAAAAUCUAAACGAUAUGUUGAUAGUGAACGACCAUUAACUUCUAAUGAAUUUAAUUUUUUAAAUGAAAUGAGACAUAAAGAAAUAUUACUUAUGAAAGAUUUAUCAACACAACAAGAACAAAAAUUAUUAAUUAGUAAAAAAACUCGUCAACAUAAUCAACAUGUUGCAUUAUCAAUAUUAUACGAUCAAUUACCAAUAUUUUUACUUUCAGCAAUGUAUGAAAAUUAUCAUAUAACAUGGUUUGAUGUUGUUACAAUUGAUCGACGACAUUAUUUUACAUUUAUAUGGGAAGAUAAUUCACAAUUUCAAAAUCGUACAUCAAUUAUAUUUUAUAAUUUAAAUCCAUCACAAUUUCAUGAAUUAACAUUAAAAAUGAAUCGUUAUCAAUUUGAUUUAAUACAUUUUGAUGUCUAUUGUCAUAGUCAUGAAAAUAUGUUUCGAUAUAUAUGUUUAUUUUUACGUGAUAAUACAAAUCGAUCAUAUAAUAAAUUAUGUGCACCUGUUAUAUCAGAUCGAUGGUUAAAAGAAUUAAAACCAAAUGCUAUUAAUAUACGUCCAUUAGUAUUAUGUGGAAAUUUAUAUUAUUCAAAUUUAUUUACAUUUAAAGGAUAUGAUCAUAAUAGACAUUAUCGUAUAGAUUUAACUGAUCAUGAAUUACUUGAAGAACAUACAAAAUUAUUAAUAGAUAAUUUUAAAUUAGUUGAUUUAAAAGUUUAUCAUUUAAAUAAUGGUGAUUAUCGUUUUGUUGCAUUAUGGACAAAGGAACAAGAAGGUUCAUCAAUGUUAUUACUUGGUUUAACAUAUGAUGAAUUAAUUACACGUUUAAAUGAAAAACAAUUACGUUCAAGUAUUAUUGCUAAUUAUGGUUUAUUAGCUGAUGGACAACAAUGUUUUGCACUUGUUUGUAAUCAGUACGAUACGAGUUGGUAA